UCGCUAUCUGGAUCUUGUCGCUUCGAGGCGGGCUUUCCUGGCUUUGGCUUCGAUCCCCUGUUGGCAGAACCGACCGUGGUAAUGCUCCUCGCGGCCGGGAUCUUGCUGGUCGUGUCUGGUGCAAUGGUCUCUGCCUUUGCCUUUGGAGGCGCCGGUGCAGCAAUGUCCUCUUCUUGUUUACCCUUCAAAACGAUCCGGCGAGAAGCAGUUGGAUCACGGACUAUUUCCUCACAGUAUGCGUCGAAACGCAAGCUCCACAGUCUCAUCGCCUGCAUCAGGCGUUCUGUCCGGUCCAUUUCACGGUCGAUCCCGAACAACGUCUCGAUGAAUGCCUUGCCUGCGUUCGAGCCAAGCUGUGGUUUCUCAGAGCGUGACUGUGUCGAUUCUGUAGGCUCGGCGGAGUUCGACAUUGAUGUUGACGUUGACGUCGAAGAAGAUGCCGUCACUUGAGUCGGUACAGUAUCAGACGUGUUCCCCUCCAGCAUACGCUCCGGGUCUUGCUGGGAUGUCUCUCCACUGGUCACAUCGUUCUUUUCUUCCUCCUUGCUCCUCUGUCCAUUGAAGGCCUUCAGCAUCGGAUUCUCGC